AUGAAAGAUGAAGAAAAUCUAGCACUGCGGAAACCAGCAUGGCAGCAACAUGAUUUUACUGGUCAAGAAGUGGACUGGGGAGCAGCGAAGGCAGUUGACGGAAAAUACACUGACCGCUCAGGAGGAGGACACCAAUGCACUCAAUCUAAUACUGGACAAACAACAGCAACGUGGAGAGUGGACCUUGGGAGUGUGGUCAGCAUCAGUCACAUUAACAUUUACUAUAGGACGGACAAUAAGCCAAUUCCUAGUGUAUACACUACGCGGUUUGCUGGAUUUUUCCUCUAUGUGUCCAACACUACGUCAAAGGAUGACGGCCAUCUUUGUUUCCAUGAUAUACAGACUACGGAGGGUACACCAAUAGAGAACCAGACAAUAAACUGUUCUGUUCAUGGACGAUAUGUGAUAUACUACAACGAACGGAGGCGGGGUGUUACCUAUCCUGAUUACUACUGGCCGAAAGCAUACAAUGAACUGUGUGAAGUGGAAGUUUAUGGAUGCCCUGACCCAAAAUAUUAUGGACUUAAUUGUGAUCAACCCUGUCCUGACGGAUGUCAAGAGAAAAGGUGUGACGUCAUUACGGGUCAAUGUCUGGGGUGUAUGCCGGGAUAUCAAGGUCCUCGCUGCAGUCAAGUAUGUGCUGUACAGACAUACGGACUGGAAUGUUCUUUAUCAUGUGGUAACUGUAGUGAUGGAGAGACCUGUCACCAUGCCACCGGCAUGUGUCCAAGGGGAUGUAACAAGGGAGUGGAGGGGGACAAAUGCCAGACACCAUGUCAGCCUGGUUAUUAUGGGAAGAACUGCGGACAGAGAUGCAGUGAGAACUGUAAAGUGACAAACCGCUGUAACAGAUUUACAGGGGAUUGUGACAGGGGCUGUAAACCGGGAUGGAAGAUACCAACAUGUCUGGAAGGUAACUGUAUGUCGGAGGGAAUCUAG